GUGCCAAGGGAGCACGGCACGUGGGAGAUCCAAGCACUAGGGUUUUCUUUCUCUACAACAACCACAACGAAAUGACGCAAAAGCCCUCCAAAGAAUGUGGCCCCACACCAUCACAUCCCCAAACUACCCUUUUCCCUGAAACCAAUAAAACGACUUAAAUGCCGCCUCAUCAGCGCCGAGUGACGUCGACGCGAAGGAAUGAACGGUCGAGAUCGAAUAAAACGAUAAGUGGGACCCGCCAAGGACGACCAGAUCAUCAGCGUGGCAUGGUAAAUUAGGUAAUUAGGGUGAAAAAACAGGGGUAUUUUGGGGAAAUUGACAACAAGGGCAUAGCCGGGAAAACCUCUCACGGCGCCGGAGAGAUGUCUCGUUCUCGCGCGUUGGCCGCGUUGUUUUCCUAUAAAUACCCAUGAAUCCCCCCUCUUUCUCUCGUCGUCUCUCAAACCCUCUCUCUUUUUUCUCUUGGUUUCUCCAUUCUCUCUAGGGCUUUUCUUGAUCUUCAAAUACUCUUCAUUCUUUGAUCUCUCGUUUCAUCGAAGCAUCUGGCACUAGAUUUGUUGAUGCAGCAGGAAGAAAAAGCAGAAAAGAACCAUUCUAUUUAUAUUCCUUUACACAUGAAAUGGGGUGUCGUGGGAGGCCAAUAUUUGAUCUUAAUGAACUCCCGACUGAAGGGGAAGAUGACAAUGACGAUGUUGUAUGCAUUAACCCCCAAAAAACCAUUCCUACUUCAAACUAUAACCCAGCCAACUUAUUUCCACCAUUAGAAAGUUCUUGGCUGGUGAAUAACCAUGCUUUCAAACAUGCAUCUUCAGUCUCUGGAUUUCAGCCUUUUGUCAGGUAUAAAGAUCAGCAGGAUUCAAAAGAGGACUCCAAACAGAAGCAAGAUGAAUCUAAGCCCAGCGAGGCCCGACCUUCUAUUAGCGGUAGCCAUGCUGAGGAUAAUAACACAGCACAGAAUUCUACAUCAGGUGCUUUGGAUGCCCAAGGUCUGGAAAGGGAAGAAGGAGAGUGGUCGGAUAUGGAGGCAGAAACUGAUGGCACAGGCAACAACUCCAGUGAUAAGCAGGGUGAAUUUGAUCUUGGAAAUGGGAGUAAGCCAGAAGCAACUGAGGAAAAGGUACCUGAUCCUGCGAAGAUUCCUGAGAAUGAUUCUCAUGAUUCUGUUUUUCAUGGGAAUUCCAAUGGUGAUUCUGGAAAUACGACUAAUGAUUCAAAAAGUUCAGUUGUUUUGGUAUCAGACUGCAGCAGAAAUCCGGAGUCGGUUUCCAAGGGGCAUGUGGCUGCGGAUGGUACAGAAGAAGCAUCAUUACCUGUGAAGCCAAAAGAUAUAAAAGGGGUUGAAGCAAGUCACGCUCUGCGAGUGGGAAGUAACCUGGGACGGAGACCUAAGCUGGAUGAACACAAGGAGGCGAUGCUAGGAAAGAAAAGGGCGAGGCAGACUAUGUUUAUCAAUGUGGAAGAUGCGAAGCAGGCAGGUUCCAUUAAAACAUCAACACCAAGAAGACAGAUUUCUUUUCCGGCACCAAUGAUCACACGUACUGUGAAAGACACACUUCGUGCCAGUGCUGCUGCAGUAGAAAGGAUUGCGGAGCAUCAUAAUAUGUCUUCAGGCAAGGAUCAGAAGCAGUCUGACACAUCCAACACUGAAGGUAGUGCGGCUGUGGAUUUUGGCAACCACAAGGUUGACUCAAAUGGUGAUUAUGGUUCAGGAUCACAAGCUUGGUCUAAAAAGCCAAAUGUCGGUGAUUUCAACAUGGAUGCGUACUCAGUAUCUAUUCCGAGACAGGGUUCAUUGAAGCAGCCUCUGGAUUACAGGCAGUCGAAAAGCUUUCCUGUCUUACAGCGGAAACCCACUGUGGGAGGCCAAAGCAUUGUAGAUCAUAAAGUGGGGAACAAAAAGCAUCUUCCUGUUAAAAAGCAGACCGCAGAUAAUUUUCAGUACCAAGAUACAUCAGUGGAAAGGCUUUUGAGGGAGGUGACGAAUGAGAAGUUUUGGCAUCAAGCAGAAGAGGCGGAGCUUCAAUGUGUGCCCGGACAGUUUGAGUCUGUUGAAGAGUAUGUGAGAGUAUUUGAACCUUUGCUCUUUGAGGAAUGCCGAGCUCAAUUGUAUAGCACUUGGGAGGAAUUCACAGAGACAGUAUCGAGGGAUGCACAUAUAGCUGUUCGUGUAAAGACUGUUGAAAGGCGAGAAAGAGGAUGGUAUGAUGUCAUUAUUCUUCCAGUGCAAGAAUGCAAGUGGAAUUUCAAGGAAGGAGAUGUUGCAGUUCUUUCAUCCCCCAGGCCUGGCCCAGCAACAAGAUCCAAUAAGAGGAAUAUCCAUGCUGGGGCAAGUGAAGAGGAUGUGGAACCUGAGGUUACUGGACGUGUUGCUGGUACUGUUAGGCGACAUGUGCCUGUUGACACACGUGAUCCCCUUGGUGCAAUUCUUCAUUUUUAUGUAGGAGAUUCUUAUGAUUGCAGCAGUAAAGGGGCUGAUGAUCACAUUGUAAGGAAGUUUCAGCCCAAGAGCAUCUGGUAUCUAACUGUGCUCGGUUCUCUGGCAACGACGCAGCGUGAGUAUAUUGCCCUGCAUGCUUUUCGCCGGCUCAACUCACAGAUGCAAUCUGCGAUCCUGCAGCCCAGUCCAGAGCACUUCCCUAAGUGUGAAGAGCAGCCCCCUUCCAUGCCGGACUGUUUCACUCCAAACUUUGUAGAUUAUCUGCACAGGACAUUCAACAGUCCUCAGCUGGCAGCGAUUCAAUGGGCAGCCAUGCACACUGCCGCGGGCACAAACAACGGGUCCACAAAGAGGCAAGAUCCUUGGCCCUUCACGCUCGUUCAAGGUCCACCUGGAACAGGUAAGACACACACUGUGUGGGGCAUGCUAAACGUCAUUCAUCUGGUUCAGUAUCAACACUACUACACGGCUCUCCUGAAGAAACUGGCCCCUGAGAGCUAUAAACAGAACAGUGAGAGCAUUUCAGAGAGUGUUGGUUCAGGAUCAAUCGAUGAAGUUCUGCAAAGCAUGGAUAAAAACCUGUUUCGCACAUUGCCAAAGCUUUGCCCGAAGCCGAGAAUGCUGGUGUGUGCUCCGUCAAACGCGGCGACAGAUGAGCUUCUGGCACGUGUUCUUGACCGCGGGUUCAUUGAUGGAGAAAUGAAGGUUUAUCGGCCUGAUGUGGCUCGGGUGGGAGUGGAUUCUCAAACCCGAGCUGCACAGGCGGUUUCCGUGGAGCGAAGAACGGAACAGCUUUUGCAGAAGGGGCGUGAUGAGGUUUUAGGGUGGAUGCACCAGUUGAAGGCGCGUGAAGUUCAAUUCUCGCUACAGAUAUCUGGUUUUCAGAGGGAGCUUCUUGCAACAGCUGCUGCAGGUCGAUCGCAAGGGUCUGUAGGCGUUGAUCCGGAUGUUCUUGUGGCGCGGGACCAUAACAGAGAUGUGUUACUGCAAAAUCUUGCGGCAGCUGUGGAGGGAAGGGACAAAGUUCUGGUGGAGAUGUCUCGGCUGUGCAUUUUGGAGUCCAGGUUCUCUGCCGGAAGCAAUUUCAACCUGGAAGAUGCCCGGGCAAAACUGGAAGCGAGUUUUGCCAACGAAGCGGAGGUGGUUUUCACGACGGUUUCAAGCAGCGGAAGGAAGUUAUUCUCUCGCCUCACACAUGGAUUUGAUAUGGUUGUGAUUGAUGAGGCCGCUCAGGCCAGCGAAGUGGCUGUGCUUCCUCCUCUCUCCCUGGGUGCUGCGAGAUGUGUCCUGGUGGGUGAUCCCCAGCAGCUUCCGGCGACUGUGAUCAGUAAAGCUGCAGGAACAUUACUGUACAGCAGAAGUCUGUUUGAGAGGUUUCAGCAAGCGGGCUGCCCCACGAUGCUGCUUUCGGUGCAGUACAGAAUGCAUCCUCAGAUUCGUGAUUUCCCAUCAAGGUAUUUCUAUCAAGGACGGCUGACAGACAGCGAGAGCGUUAUGAAAUUGGCUGAUGAGGUUUACUACAAAGACCCUCUGCUGCAACCUUACGGGUUCUUUGACAUCAGCCACGGUCGGGAGUCGCAUAAAGGCGGAUCUGUCUCUUAUCAAAAUGUCCACGAAGCACAGUUCUGUCUGCGUUUGUAUGAACAUCUUCAGAAGUCCUUGAAGUUGAACUUUGGAAAGAAGGUCUCUGUGGGCAUAAUUACUCCAUACAAGCUCCAGUUGAAGUGUCUCCAACGGGAAUUUGAGGAAGUUUUGAACACAGAGGAAGGUAAAGAUAUUUACAUCAACACUGUAGAUGCAUUUCAGGGGCAGGAACGAGAUGUGAUAAUCAUGUCCUGUGUUCGUGCCUCAAAUCAUGGGGUUGGUUUUGUUGCGGACAUUCGUCGGAUGAAUGUUGCUCUUACUCGAGCAAGGAGGGCGUUGUGGGUUGUGGGUAAUGCCAAUGCUCUCAUGCAAUCGGAUGAUUGGGCUGCCCUCAUUAAGGAUUCCAAGUCAAGGAAGUGUUUCAUGGACAUGGAUAAGAUUCCCGAGUUCCUUGUUCCAAAAGGAUCUUCUUAUCCUUCUGGGAAGGUGUCUUCAAAUAACUCAAGAAACCUGCGAACUAUAGGACAAAGGCAAAGGCAUCUUGAUAUACUUCCAGAACCCAGAUCUGGUAUGCGUUCAGAAGAAGAAGAGAAGUGUAACACCUUCCUUCCAAGAAAUGGAAGCUGUAGAAACCUAAAAUUAACUGAUAAUUCGUCAGAUGAUCUUGGGCAAUCUGGCGGUAGACCUCGAGAGGCAAUCCAGAACAUCAAUGCUAGAAGGCAAAACACAUCUGGAACGUUCUGGAGAGAUACAUGAUAAGAGUAUCUGUUUUAUCUCAAUGAUUUGCUCUGCUAUUCUGGCUGUGGAAUUUCACUUAUAUCUGACAUUGACUGUCAGCGGAACUCAGCUUCUGGUUGGCAACUGCAAUUUCAAAGUCUCCUGCAGGGAAGGCUGCCUGACAAAGACGAAAACAUACAAAGGAUUUUAUUAGCACCAAUUUGAUCAUCAGUUUGUCAGGAUGUACAUUGGGAGCAUUGUCAUUGGCAGAACUAGUUCCAUGGUCAAUCUUUGAUACAGUACUGGAAUACAUGCCCUAUUCUUGUUAGGGUUGGAGGAGAUGUGGAAGAAGAAUAUAUGUGAAUAUACAACACUGAUUCAUGGCGAAACUGACUUUGUACAUACUUUGGUCCCCUUGGCAUAUGAAACCCAAAACUGGACUAACAAUUGAAUCUUUUGUGCAGCUAGCUACACAUGCUUCAGAAGAGUGACUGACCUUGGGCUCUAUUUUAAGGUCAUGUAUAAAGUUGCUUCUGAUUCAGAUGGUGUCUUGAAAUGCCUGCCAUAUUUGUAGGGUAACUUCUUUUAUUUGUUAGGUGUCAUUCCUUUAUUAAUCCAGUAGAGUAAUAAGUCAUUCUUGUACAGUAUGUUGUACUAGAUCAACGCCUUGACAGCCCCAAGCUCACCGGUUUCUGGAUAACUAUAAACUUUUUCCCAAUUUACAUAAAUAUCACAUUUAUUAUUA